AUGAUAAAUUUAAUAGACCUUGAAGGAUGGUUAGAAUAUUCAACAUCUCCAGAUAUUAAUUAAUUAAAAUAACUCUCAAUAUCUCCUAAAAUUACACCAAUAUAACGAUAUAAAAAAGAUAGGCUACCUUCACUUUAGUAAAAAAAAGUGGAAUGCAAUAAAAUAAAUAAUUACAAAUCAAGUUAUUUUGUGAAUAGUGAAUAAAAUAGACAACAAAUAAUUAAUGAGGAAAGAAAAUAUCAAAAAUUAACAAAAAAAUAUACUCUAAUUCCUUAGUAAUAAUAUUAAUUUCAUUAAUUAUCUUCUUUUAUUGAAUCUCCUAAGAAAUCAUAAAAAAUAAAAGAACUUCAGGAUGGGUUUUUUUCAAAAAGAUCAUAUAGAAUAAAGAUAAAAAACAGAACUUUAAAUUUAACUUAGAAAUCACCUCUCCUUAAUAUAUCUUAACUAUUAUGCAGAUUAAAUAGUUAAGACAUACAAAAGAAUGAAUUAUUAUAAAUACUAAAUAAAUGA